CUUUGACAGGCAACACCUCCAAUGACGUCAUUUAUGUUGACAGUGUCCGCCAUAUUGUCAGAAAUUGGACGAAGAUCAUCGCAAAAUGUGUUGAAUUUGCAAAACUUCAGUCUCUCCGGUCGUUUUGGCUUGACUUCCGACUGCUGAGAAGAAAGUGCAAGGGCAGGCAGUUUCCAAGUUCUAUAUUUGGAGAAGCAGCUCAACACAUUUGUCCCUUUGUUUGGCAUUGGCAAAAUUUCUUACUGGAAAAUUGUAAAAUUUCUUAACCUGGUCGUCCUAUUUUUCUCUAUAACCUUAUAUAAAUAUUGUUAUUGUAGAGUUCUUUUACUACUUUAUCAAAAAAAAGAUGAUACAACUUUGAAGAAUCUUGAAUGACAAACUUACAUAAGCGUUUACAUAUAACAUAUAUCUUCUUACUGUGUUACAAGAUAUAGACUAUUGGAUAUUUUAAGGUGGUGUGGCAGAAAAUCAGUGGUUACUGAACAUCUAGUCUAGACAUUAAGUUCUCUUGUGACAAGGUUAUGAAAUUUUUGUUUGUUUGUGUGAGGUUGUUGCGUUUUUCUUUUAAUUAGUUGAUUAUCAACAAUAGAUACAUGUAAGUGUGCAUAUAUUUGCAAGUGUUUCUGUUCGAUACUUGAAAACAGUGACAAGGAAGUUAAUUCCAGACAUUGCCUACAUGUGGUUACACAUCAUGUGACUGGAUUUAGAGAUAACUAAAUAUAGAAACAAUUGUAUUUUAUGGGGUUUUUUUUCAAAUAUUUAAAAAAGAAAAUUACAUUUAAUAUGACUUAAAAAUUAUUACUUACUGUGGAUUUUGUGUUAAAAACUUCAGAGUGAGUGAUAUUUUCUGACUAAAAACUCAAAUAUUGUAACUAAAUAUUGAUUUGUGUUUGGAAAAUGAAUAGAGGUAGCCCCCCUGGGUUACUAACGUGAUCAUCAUGGAUGUGUUCUUCCAAGUUUUCAUCUCAAAGAGACUGAAAUAACAGAAAAAAAAGAAUAAUCGCCAAUAGUGCGGAGGGUGUGAAUGUAUACAAAGAAAAUGCAGGAACAUAUGAAUGGAAUUGAUCAAGAACCGACCAGCAUGGAACAUAUAAAACGUUCCGAUGUGUUCCCAAAGAAAAUGCUGGUGUCGGAGGACAACAACUUGCGUGUUCCGUUCCCGCUACUUAGCGGAGAGAGCGCAGAGUUUCUAGGACGAACAGCAGACGGUACAGUGGUUGUAUCAAACUUCCGUUUGUUGAUUCGUUACAAGGACUCUUUCAUCAAUGUGCCAUUAGGAUUGAUAGAAGCCGUGGAGAUAAGAGAUAUUUUCUACCUACAUAUCUACUGUAAAGAUGCUACUGUUGCGAGAUGUGCGUUUUCGACAAAUGAAGCAUGCCAGGAUUGGUUCAAGCGUCUGUUGACCAAGAUUGCUCCAAGACAAAAGAUUCAGGAUGUAUUCGCAUUUGCGUUCCAUGCAUGGUGCAUUGACCAUAAUGCCCAAACAGAGCAAUGCACUCCGGAUCUUGGAUGUUACCAGCUCUGUCCACAAGGAGUAGCAAAGGUGUAUAAUUUUACCAAAGAAAUUGAGAGAAUGAAGUUUGACCUGAGUUCUGCCUGGAGAUAUACAGACAUAAAUAAAACAUUUGGGUUAUGUUCAUCAUACCCAUGUGAGCAUAUUGUACCCCAUGAUAUCUCUGACGAGAACUUGAAGAAAGUUGCAGGAUUCCGAGCUCUUCAACGAUUUCCAUCAGUGGUUUGGAGAAACAACAGAAAUGGUGCAGUAUUGGUCCGGUGCAGUCAACCGGAAAUGGGUUUCUUUGGAUGGCGGAACACUGAUGAUGAGAACUUAUUGAAUUCCAUUCCUGUAGCAUGUUCAAUGAAUCCUGGCUCAAAGAAUAAACAGUCCAUUAGGGAAGAUGGUAGUGGGUCUGAUCUCAGUUCAGAUGACUCAUCAACAAUGGAUUCCGAGGAGAGUGAGGAGCCAAAGAAAAUGUUGAUAAUAGAUUGUAGAUCAUACAGUGCUGCAUUUGCUAAUAGAGCCAAAGGAGGAGGAAUGGAAUGUCCAGAAUAUUACCAAAGUUGUGAGGUACAGUUUAUGAACCUCGCCAAUAUCCAUGCUGUACGGAAAAGUUUUUUUACCCUGAGAAGUCAUUGUAAUUCUGCUGUUGACCAGGCUAGCUGGCUGUCAGGACUGGAAAACACAAAAUGGCUGCAUAAUUUAGCCAGUCUCCUGAAGGUUGCAAGCCUGGUGGUGAAUGUUAAUGAAAAGGAAGGGAGACCAGUCUUAGUGCAUUGUUCUGAUGGUUGGGAUAGGACACCUCAGAUUAUCUCCCUUGCAGAGCUGAUGUUAGAUCCAUAUUACCGCACUGUAGAGGGAUUCCAAGUAUUGGUUGAAAGAGAAUGGCUACACUUUGGCCACAAGUUUGCUGAUCGCUGUGGUAACGGUCUUCACUGUGAGGACCCUAAUGAGAGAUGUCCAGUGUUCUUACAAUGGCUGGAAUGUGUCUAUCAACUUCUUGUGCAAUUUCCUUGCCAGUUUGAGUUCACUGAAGCAUUUCUAGUGAAAUUGGUGCAACAUACCUAUUCCUGUUUAUUUGGAACAUUCCUAUGUAACACAGUCCAGGAUCGUAUAGAAUUAAAACUAGACCAGUCUACUGCCUCAGUCUGGAACCUACUCAGUGAUAAAAACUUCCAUAAUCAACUGUAUGCUCCAUCUCCAGAACAUGAGGUUCUGUUUCCUGCUACACAUGUUCAGAGUUUGAGGCUGUGGACUUCAGUUUAUUUGUCCAACAACUCGUCAUUUGCCAGUCCCGAAGAAACAACCAAUCAGAAUGGUCCUGUAGGGGAUGGUACAGAAACGACGGGCUUACAGAAAACACGCUCUUGCGAAAACUUGCUUUUGAAUAGCGACCUUACUUCUAGUCUAAGUCGGAGAAAAAGUGAUCCGAACAUUGCAAUGGAACAUUGUGAACAACAGACUCAGAAACUGUUGAAAGAUGCAAUGUCCGGGGAUACAAGCUGUUCUAGUGAAUCAGUUAAAAGUUCAGAGAAUGAUCGGUCCUUAAGUGAAAACGGUGAUAUCACAAUGAAAAAUUUAGAUAGUCCAGUAGGAAAUGGUGAAAUUUCAAUAGUUGAAAAUGGAUUUCAUGAUGAAGGUGUUGAUAGUAAAGAACAUGACAAGGUGGUAAAUGGUGAUAGUUUGGAAAAUGGUGAUAAUGUGGAAAAUGGUGAUAAUAAGGAAGAUAGUGGUGAAGGGGUUGAAGCUAAAAAUGGAAAGAGUGAAACUGAAAAAUUGGAAGAUACUUCUGAAGAUGUUACUGCAAAUGGUGUGGUUACCAAUGGUAAUGCUGAAAACCAUCAUGAAAAUGGAAUAAAUGGUGUUGAAAAUGAGUUGCUUUCUGAUAAUGAAAGUAAGGAAAUUAAAGAAAUCAGUACUGUGACAGACAAUGAUAAAGAUGACUUGAAAAAUGGCAAUGGCAUUCAUGAAAUGAAUGGUCAUACAGAAAAUCCAUGUGAUAGAAAUUAUAGUCCUGAUAGUUCAACUGAGGAAAGUAGUGAAAAUUCUAUUGAGACGAUAUCAGAAAGUGAAGAUAUUUCAGAUAAUCUAGGAAAUGGUGCAAAUAAUGCCGUAACUAACGGACAUUCCGUACAUGAAGACGACAAUUGUAAAAAUGCCAAAUUUAUAAAUGCAUUAAAUAGGAAUAAUAAGACUCUAUAA